UGUUUCUGCUAUGUGGCAGUCAGGUUAGUGUUAGCAGAUUCUUUAGUCGUCAUUUUCACUUUGAAGUUGACAUUUUACAUCGCUGGUGUUUAGGAAUUGUUCCUGUCCAGAUUUGCACACCAAGAAUAAUGAAGCACAGUGUGGUUUUACUUUUGCUGCUCCUCUUGGGGAUGUGCUCAGCUUGCCCUUCUGGAAAUGUGGCCUUGCGUGGCAAAGCAACUCAAUCAACCCGCUUCAACGGACAGGAGAUUGGUUUUGCGGCUGCCUACAAUGCCAUUGAUGGAAACCGCGAUACCAAUUACUUCCAUGGAUCAUGUACCGCGACUGCACAACAGACCAACCCCUGGUGGAGAGUGGACCUGCUGGAGUCCUACAUCGUCACCUCUGUCGUCAUCACCAACAGAGGAGACUGCUGUGCAGAAAGAAUCCACGGGGCAAAGAUUCACAUCGGCAACUCUUUAGAAGGCAAUGGUGCCGCAAACCCACUGGUUGGUACCAUUCCUGCAAUCGCUGCAGGGGAGUCCUACACUGUGACUGUCAGCGGUCGUGUGGAGGGACGUUACGUGACUGUGUAUCUACCUGGUUCAAACAAGAUUCUUACACUCUGUGAAGUGGAGGUUUAUGGGUACCGUGCCCCAACUGGAGAAAACCUGGCAAUCCAAGGAAAAGCCUCACAGUCAUCACUCUAUGAAUUUGGCUCUCCAUAUAAUGCCAUUGAUGGGAAUCAUGACGGUCACUGGAUCAAGGCGUCCUGCAGUCACACAAACAACGACAUGAAUCCUUGGUGGCGACUGGUUCUGCCCACACACACAAAAGUCUUUUCUGUUAAUGUAACCAACCGAGUUGAUUCCUGGGAACGACUGAAUGGAGCUGAGAUCCGCAUCGGAGAUUCUCUCGAAAACAAUGGCAACAACAACCCCAGGUGUGCCGUGAUCACAAGCAUCCCACCAGGUGCUACUCGUGGAUUCGACUGUAAUGGGCUGGAAGGCCGCUAUGUUAACAUAUUUAUCCCUGGAAGAGCGGAGUACCUCUCCCUGUGUGAGGUGGAGGUCUAUGGCUCUUUCAUGGAUUCGUUUCCGUUACGUGGCAGUCAGGUUAGUGUUAGCAGAUUCUUUAGUCGUCAUUUUCACUUUGAAGUUGACAUUUUACAUCGCUGGUGUUUAGGAACUGUUCCUGUCCAGAUUUGCACACCAAGAAUAAUGAAGCCCAGUGUGGUUUUUCUUUUGCUGCUCCUCUCGGGGAUGUGCUCAGCUUGCCCUUCUGGAAAUGUGGCCUUGCGUGGCAAAGCAACUCAGUCAACCCGCUACAACGGACAGCAGAUUGGUUUUGCAGCUGCCUACAAUGCCAUUGAUGGAAACCGUGAUACCAAUUACCUCCAUGGAUCAUGUACCGCGACUGCACAACAGACUAACCCCUGGUGGAGAGUGGACCUGCUGGAGUCCUACAUCAUCACCUCCGUCAUCAUCACCAACAGAGGAGACUGCUGUGCAGAAAGAAUCCACGGGGCAAAGAUUCACAUCGGCAACUCUUUAGAAGGCAAUGGUGCCUCUAACCCACUGGCUGGUACCAUUCCUGCAAUCGCUGCAGGGGAGUCCUACACUGUGACUGUCAGCGGUCGUGUGGAGGGACGUUACGUGACUGUGUAUCUACCUGGUUCAAACAAGAUUCUUACACUCUGUGAAGUGGAGGUUUAUGGGUACCGUGCCCCAACUGGAGAAAACCUGGCAAUCCAAGGAAAAGCCGCACAGUCAUCACUGCAUCUAUUUGGCUCUCCAUAUAAUGCUAUUGAUGGGUAUCAUGACGGUAACUGGAUCAAGGCGUCCUGCAGUCACACAAGCAAAGAAAUGAAUCCUUGGUGGCGACUGGUUCUGCCCAGACACACAAAAGUCUUUUCUGUUAAUGUAACCAACCGAGUUGAUUACUGGGAACGACUGAAUGGAGCUGAGAUCCGCAUCGGAGAUUCUCUCGAAAACAACGGCAACAACAACCCCAGGUGUGCCGUGAUCACAAGUAUCCCACCAGGUGCUACUCGUGGAUUUGAGUGUAAUGGGAUGGAAGGCCGCUAUGUUAACAUAGUUAUCCCUGGAAGAGUGGAGGAGCUCUCCCUGUGUGAGGUGGAGGUCUAUGGCUCUUUCCUGGAUUCACUUUAAAAGAGCAAGAGUGA